CCUCGCCCAUGGCCCAUGGCCCAAAAUUUCUACAUUUUGGUAAAUGUCGAUUUAGUGGUUGAACUUUUGAACAGAGGUUGUGUUUGGAGUUGGAUGCAGAGUUUUACCCCUACUCUCAUUUUGUAGCUGACUUAAUUGGUAAAAUAGAGGUCAGAUUCUGACAAAGCUGUAAAAAAUGAAUAAAAAAAUUCUAUUCCAAGCAUUCUAUGAAGUUCUUGAGGAAGCUGAGACUCUGCAAAGCUUUGGAAGUGGUGAAGGCUUGAUCAGUUCUAGCUUCAAAGCUUUAUUCUUCCGACAAUGGCAGAAUCACCCAGUUAUGACGGUCCUUCUUCUGAGCCUGUUUCUUUAAGAGAGAGCUUGAACUCUGAUUAUAUGAGAAGAGGAUCCAUAGCCUUAAAAAACAAUGAUUUUGCAGAAGCGGGCAAGUGGUUCAAGCUAGCUGUUGCCAUCUGGAUUCCAAAGAAAGCAAAACUUGCCCCAGAACGUGCUGAAGCAUACUUCAAAUAUGCUCUGGCUCUGCUGUAUGAAGUCCCAGUGCCUGCAGAUGAUCCACUUGAUGAUUUGCCCAAAGAGAUUGAUUACCUCAAUUUGUUUGAUAAAGAAGGAAUCACCAGUGCUGUCAAACAAGAUGAUGGAUCGCAUUUGGCACAUGAAGAAGGCAGUGGGCUGGGAGUUGGUUCAUCAAAAAACCUGGAUUCUGCCUGGUGUGUGCUCAAUCUUGCACUGUCAAUUUCAAAUGUUAUAUCAAUGGAGAAAGCAAGCAUCUUCUCUGCUAUUGGGGAAGUUGCAUUCAGAAAAGCGGACUUCAAUGAAUCAUAUAAGCACUAUUCAGAAGCACUGACAAUUUUGGAGAUUUUCUAUCCAGAAGAGGAAGAUCGCAUGGCUCAUCUAAGCUUCAAAAUAUGCAUGUGCCUGGAAAGAAUUGAUAAGAUUGGGGAAGCUAUCACAUAUUGCACAGAAGCUAUACGGGACAGUGCACGUCGGCUGGAGAAGCUGGAUGCAAAAUUAAGUACGUUUUCAGGAUGGGGAUGGUCAUUGGAUGAUAUUGCUGCGUCAUGUAAUGGACCUGUUGAUCCUGCUUAUUUCGAGUUGCAAGCUGAGAAGAAAAGAGUCCAUGAACUCCAAGGGAAGUUUGAAAAUAAGCUCCUGCAUUUGGAAUGUAUUCAAAGAGUUGUUGCUAAGAAAACAAGCUGACAGGAAUCCAUUGGAGACUACUUCAGUUCUUCUCUAACUGCUGAGGCUCACACAGAUGGGACAAGUCAUGGUAAGGCUGUAGUAGGAGCCAAGUGGCAACUAAUAACGUACCUAGAGAAUCCUCCAACUAAGAAGCUCUUGCUGGGCUCAUCAAUGAACCCAGAGGAUGAAGCAAGCAUUCCAGCAAAGAAACCCUCAUUGGGCUCUUCAACUGGUUCAGGGAGCCAAAAUACAAUUUCAUUGUUUGGAAGCUGCUUGAUUUUCAUUUCUGUGGCAGUUUUAGAUUCUUAUUCCGCAUCUUUGUCUUCUCAUUCCUUCUUUCUCCAGUCAUAUAAUGCUGGAUUAAGAUUUGAAUCUAAGUCCCUGUAAUUGUUUCCAUUGGCUGUCUAACAAAGACCAUGGAAUUUGUACAUGUUAAUCUUCCCUAAAUUCCUUGUUGCAGGAGAUGUGAUAGCUACUCACAACCUAUAGCCUGAUUCUAGAUCUCCCACAAAUUUUGUUUC